UAAUGCUAACGAGCUAGCAUCGCAGAGUAUGACACGACCCACACAACGCUGGCUGAGGUCUACUCUAACUACGGAAACCACCACGAAACCCCCUUUUCCUGUCGGUGGAAAUACCAGAAAAGGACACCAGGAGAGUCACCGGCGUGAAAAGCCAUCGUUAUUACAAUGAUGUGUUUGGAAGUAGCUGGCGUCAGCUUGUUAUUUUAGCAAGCAAGCUAAUGCUAGUGACCGGCGGGGCGAUGUUUAAGUAGCUCUGGUGUUUGGAAUUCUUCCCCCUCGAAACUCGAUAGUUUACAAGGCUAUAACCUCACUCAGUGAAGCCACAGUUUGUUGUGAUGUCAGAGUCUAAGCCUCCCACUCCUACUCCUGGAGACACUUACAAGGGCUGGCUUUUCAAAUGGACUAACUACAUAAAAGGUUACCAGCGGCGUUGGUUUGUUUUGAGCAAUGGUCUGCUGUCUUACUACAGGACCCAAGCAGAAAUGGGUCACACCUGCCGGGGCACUAUCAACUUGGCCACGGCCAACAUUGCUGUGGAGGAUUCGUGCAAUUUUGUCAUUUCCAAUGGCGGGGCACAGACCUACCACCUGAAAGCCAGCUCAGAGGUGGAGCGACAGCGUUGGAUCACUGCUCUGGAGCUGGCCAAGGCAAAGGCUGUCCACAUGCAGGCAGAAUCUGAUGACUCGGGUGACGACUGUCCUACAUUGCCCCCUUCUUCAGGGCAGGGCGGAGGCUGCCGUAACUCUGAGGUCCAGUCCACACUGCGCACUCUAGGCAGUAAGGUGGAGGACCUCAGCACUUGCAAUGACCUCAUUGCCAAGCAUGGCUCUGCCCUCCAAAGGUCCCUGUCAGAACUGGAGGGAAUUCGUCCAGGAGCUGACAUGGGUGAGAAGAUCAGACAGGUUACAGAGAGGGCCACGCUGUUUCGAAUUACAUCUAAUGCAAUGAUCAAUGCAUGUAGAGAUUUCCUCACCCUGGCUCAGGCCCACAGUAAGCGCUGGCAGAAGGCCUUACAGUCUGAGAGAGACCAGAGGAUAAGGUUGGAGGAGACAUUAGAGCAGCUGGCCAAGCAGCACAACCACCUUGAAAGGGCUUUCAGAGGAGCCACAGUACUCCCCCCUUCUUUCAGCAAUCCUGCCUUAGAUGCCAAGGGGUCUGGUUCAGGGAAAGGUGAUGCUAGUGACGAAGAUGACGAGAAUGAGUUCUUUGAUGCUAUGGAAGACCCAGCAGAGUUCAUCACCGUCCCUGCUGAUCCCAAGUAUCACAGGAGAUCUGGCAGCAAUGUUAGUGGGAUAAGCAGUGAACUUGGAACGGAUGAUCAGUCGUUUGAUGAACAAUCUUUGGCAUCAAAUCCAGAGUCUCCACAGCCCCUUGAAGUAGAGUUAGUUAAGCAAAGACGGACUCGGAUCCAUGAAAAACCCAACUAUUCCCUGAAUCUGUGGAGCAUCAUGAAGAACUGCAUAGGAAAGGAGCUCUCAAAGAUACCCAUGCCUGUGAAUUUCAAUGAACCCCUCUCAAUGCUGCAACGUUUGUCUGAAGACCUGGAGUACUAUGAGCUGCUGGAUAAGGCUGCCAAGUGUCAGAGUUCUCUAGAGCAGCUGUGCUACGUAGCCGCUUUCACAGUGUCGUCUUACUCCACCACUGUUCACCGCACAGGCAAACCCUUCAACCCCCUGCUGGGAGAAACCUUUGAGCUGGAUCGGCUAAGAGAGUGCGGCUACCGCUCUCUCUGUGAACAGGUGAGCCACCACCCCCCUGCUGCCGCUCACCAUGCUAUCUCUGAAAGAGGUUGGACCCUCAGACAAGAGAUCACCUUGGCCAGCAAGUUUAGAGGAAAAUAUCUCUCCAUCAUGCCCUUGGGUUCUAUCCAGUGCAUAUUUGAGAAGAGCAACAAUCACUAUUCUUGGAAGAAGGUCACCACCACAGUACACAACAUAAUUGUGGGAAAAUUAUGGAUUGACCAGUCUGGAGAAAUAGAUGUGGUGAACCACAGGACCGGAGAUCGCUGUCACCUCAAAUUUGCUCCCUACAGUUACUUCUCCAGAGACGUUGCCAGAAAGGUAACAGGAGUAGUAACGGACAAGGAUGGAAAAGCCCAUUACGUGCUGUCCGGAACAUGGGAUGAGAAGAUGGAGUUCUCCAGGGUAAUGCAGAGCAGUAAAGGCGAGAACGGCACCGAAGGCAAACAGAGGACUGUCUAUCAGACCCUCAAAGCCAAAGAAAUAUGGAAAAAGAACCCUCUACCUGAGGGAGCAGAAACCAUGUACUACUUCUCCUCGCUGGCAUUGACGCUCAAUGAACCUGAAGAGGGAGUGGCGCCAACAGACAGCCGACUACGCCCAGACCAGAGGCUAAUGGAGGCAGGCCGUUGGGACGAAGCCAACGGAGAGAAGCAGAGGCUCGAGGAAAAGCAACGCACCGCCCGACGAGAGAGGGAGAGGGAGGCAGCCAAGGCAUCCAACCCACCUGAGGAGGCUGUCACUGAGGAUUCCAUCAAUGACUCACCUUUGAAAACUGAUGCAGGGGAGAUUGGCACAGAAGCAACUGAGGUUUCGGAUGAAACAGACACAGAGGAUUCUCCCCCUCAUACACCUAUUGCAUCCCCCUAUGGACCUCCCCUGUCCCCUUAUCUAACGGAAGGCACAGAAGGUUUUCAUGGAAUUCCAGUCAAAAGCACACAUCAAGACAGUCACCAAGCACUGUGGUUCAAGAGGAUUGAUGAUCCCAUCUCUGGAGAGCCCCUGCAUGUCUACAGUGGUGGCUACUGGGAAGCUAAGGACCAAGGCAGCUGGGACAUGUGCCCUGACAUCUUCUGAUCAGAGUUCAUUUCAGCGUGUCUCCCAACAUGGUGUACCACCUAAAAUAUGAGAGGAUGGUAAGAGACACCAUCCCUUACAUCAGCUGGCAUUGGGACGCAAGCUUGGCAUCAACCUCGCUUCACCUAUUGGUCCCACCUCGUCCCUCUUCCAGCAUCGCUCCUUAACUCAGGCCCCCUCCCAGGAUGAGGGGGAUCUGGCCCUCUUUUCUGUCUCCCUUUUCAAGAUGAACACAACAGUCAUGUCACAACUGACUGUGUUCAGGAUUCCUUCUCUCUGCCUCUCAAACACUAGUUUAUCUCACUUCUGCACAUUCUUCAUGCAGGGCUCCACAGUAUAGCCUUCAAAGUUUUUCGCAGCAGCUUUCUCUGGCAGUUCCAUCACCUAUUUUCUUUGGGAGCACAACUCAGCCAGUUGAUGGUUUGCUGCAUAUAUAGAAUUGCUUAUAAGUUAGUAAGGAAAGAGAGUUUUUUUAAUUAUUAUCAUGAUUAUUUUGUGAUGAAUUCAUUGUGGGUUGAGACAAGAACUCAAAAUCACCAAUGUAAGACAAAGUUGAUUCAUACUGAGUGUUUUUCAGUAGCUCACUCUGUAAAUAGCCACUGCACUGGUUUCAGGCCCUGUGGAGGGCGUAGCUAACAUAGGCUCUGAUUCUGUAUUUUCCCCCGAGAGCAACAACAGAAUAACGCAUCUCAACAAUUCCUACAGAUCAGAACAAAAUUUUAAGUGGUAUAAUCUAGAGUUGAUACUGACUUUCCUUUCGAGUUUAAGGAGUUGCACUGAAGUGAAAAAAAUCUGGAGAUAUGUACACAGUAACCUUUUAUAUUCCUCUUAUAUUCAAGAAGGCCAUUUCAUAAUCUGUGAUUGUUUUGUUAGCUAGAUCAUUGAGCAGUACCUUGUAAAUGUAUACUACUUGGCCAAGAGAUUUGAAAUAACAAUUGGUGUAUUAUCAUUAGGCUUCAUGCAAGAGAAGCAGUUGUGGGCUAAUUUUCCAGGCCUCUCAUAUUAAGAUGAAUAAUUCUGGUUUUGAAGUGGAUGUUAACAGAGAUGUCUAACAUACUUUAUUACAUACAUUAGCAAAUGUAUUUUUCAAAACAUACAAAAAAACAAAACAUACAUUCAUUUGAGUAGAGUUUAUAUUUUUUUACUCAGUAUGAUAACCGUAUGGACCGAAAUAUUGGCACCAACCAAGUUUUGUGUUGGUGCCACAAAAUGAAAAUACAAAUGGCACUACUACUGGUCAGUUUUGGAAAAUGGGUCGUCUGGAGCCCUUUUUUCCUCCAUCCAACCUAUUUGACAACACUUCAGCUCUUGGCCUGGUGUUUGAGAGCCUGGUGACAUAGUUGUAUUUUAAAAAUAGAAUGUAGAGCAUUUACUUGGUUCCUUAUGUUGACGUUAAAAUGCACUACCGACUCUGUCCUGCUUCUCCACCAAAGCACAUGAAUUUAAGACGUAAAAACAGAAGACCUUUGAGUCUAUGUGCAUGCCUGAUGUCUGUGUUCUUGUAACACAGAGAGAAGCUACUUUGACAAGUGGUUGCUUAAUAAAUUUCUUCACAACUGCUUUGUGCAUAGGGGGUAUUAUUACAAAGAUGUGUAGGUAUAUUGAGUAAUGUCCUCUGGUCUCCUCUAGAUCUUGUUUACACAGAUGUUAAAAGACAGCUCCCAGAGUAGCCCUGACAAACGUUGCACAAGAUUGCUAUAGGCCUAAAACACAAACAGUUUCAAAACAGGAAUUGUUGGUUCACAUUGUGUUUCUGCUGCCAUUUUGCUUGAUUCUGUAUUUUUGUUAAUCCAUAGCUAACUUGCCUAAAGUGAACCAGUCAUGUCACUGAGAUAUUUUCAGCACAGCUAAAGUGGUAUUUAAUAAAAAAAAUUAAAAAAAAUCAGCACUCUAAAACAGAAACAUUAGCUGUCAGCGUUUAAUGUCAACCCCAAAAAUAAAAGAGCACAGGCUUCUUUGUAAGCAUUGUAUGCUACAAUGUUAAACAAAGAACGUCAAGCCCAGAAAACUGAGAGUACACUUAUUUCUCCAUUAACAUCAAUUGUAGCAGCAUCGUAAUGCACUCCGGUUGCUCUCUAUGUGUGUUGCAUUUGUCAGAAUUACAUCGUACAACAACAAAACAGCACCAGAAACACAAGAUGUAACUCACCAGUUGCUGUUGUUUUUAAAGUGUUACUGUGUUGUGGACCAGAUUCUUCCUUCAAUUCUCCACAAAGUGCAUUCUAGGCUAAGGCUGUAAUUUUUUUAAAAAAAAAAAGGUCAUUUGGAAUUGAUAAAAUGUGCAAAGUAUGACCAUGGGUGUGACACUGAGCUCAGCCUCUUGAGGUCAACCUGUGACCUCAGAAGAUAUUAACUGUCAGUUAACGCAACUGAUGAAACUGAUUUUUUACUGGUGUUCAAAUCUUUGGUUCAUUGUAGCCAAAACUUUGAUUACCCAUGUCAGUUUUGGAAAUUACACAUUGUGGUUUUAAGCUCUGGAUUACAUGAAAGAUGUAGUAUUUUAAAAAAUUAAAAAAAAAAAAAAAAAAAAAAAAA